CUUUUUAUUUUUUUUAAUUGUUUUUAUAAAAGAAUUAUUAAGCUAAUAGAAUUAAAAAUUGAAUUGAAUGAAAAUAGUUUAAUACAUUUAAUGCAUUUUAACGUUAAAGAGAAUUAGCGAUUGUGAGUAACACCGAGCCGAAAUUUAUAGGUUAUAUCUGUGGUGAUAUCAUUGGUUAUGUUUUCAAAUUAAAGUUUCAUAUACCGAUCAAAAAAAAUCAACAACAAUGAGUGAAAACGAGAGUUUUGAUGGCUUAGAUUUAUCCCAAAAAGCCCGAAGUUUAUCAACAAAAAUAAGUUCAUUAGAAAACGAACCAGAAAUCAUACUUCAACAUGUUAAAGAAGCAACUGAAGAUUUAGUUUUUUGUACAAUUUCAGAAGCAGAAGACAUUUUAAAACAUGUUAUACCAAUUAUAAGAGAGACGGUGAAAGAGAUUUAUGCCAAAAACAAUUCUCUGGUACAAUCAGAUGGUGGGCAAGUUUUGGACAUAAUCAGGACUAAUUUGCAGGUGGCCUUACAUUUUAUUGAUAUCUGCCACCAAGUCCUGGAACAUGUGAUGAAGUAUGCCAUUGUCAAUUUUAUAGAAAUUCCAAGUCUUCCUAUAAAUGUAGCUCAGAUAAUAAGUUCAACAUUUGAAUAUUGCAAAUUUAGUCAGGGCACAUACAGUGCUUUUUACAAGCCUGUAAGUGAGAUUUUUGAUGUGUUUAGGAGGACGCAAGAGGUACAUAUCAAAUUUUUAAAUUUUCUAGAACAUCACCUGACUUUCAAUUUUUCUAACGAAAGUGAAAUUGCAGCUUACACAGAGAUUUUAGGCGUUAUUCUCGAAAUCAGUAAGACAUUAUCAGGUGUUAAUAUGAAAUCAAUGGCGGAUAAUUGGAAAACUUUCAUCGCGUUAGUACAGAAACAGUCAACCAAAAAUGUAUCAUCCGCAAUUCAAUUAUUAACUGAGGAAAUUGAGACCAAUUUAAGAAUUGCUUCAGAAUUGGAAACCAACGACUCGAAAAACACAAUCCAGUUUUUUAAAGUUGCAGGAUUUUUGGUUAAAGUUGUUUUGAAGUUGUUCGAGGGUGAACUUGAAAUUUUGGAAUGUUACGACGAAACUUUGAGAUUUUGGAUCAUGAUUUAUAGUUGGCAAGGCAGCGUUUUUCAAACGAGUAAAUUCUCAGACGAGACUGUUGACUCCUACAAGACGAUAGUGGCUUUGUGCACUGAAUCGUUGCUAAACUUCAUAGUUCAUUAUAAUAUUUUUUUAAAGAAAGUUUGUACAAUACAGGAGAAUAAUUACGUAAUCACUAAAGAUAGUUACGGCAGUCUUGUAUUCGCAACUACUUUGCUAAAAGAACCACACUUUGAGAAAAUUUUAGAUGAAAAUGAAAUUGUUUCACUAAUACGCGUAAUUUUUAAUCUGACCAAAAAUUGUUUUGUCGAAUAUUUUUUCGAUAGUUCGGAUUUUUACGAAGAAUUAGUUACUAGUGUUGCGACCGCAAUUUUGUUGUUUCCUAAUGUUUACCCAGAAUUGGAAAAAAUGUUUUUAGAAUGUGUUCUGCAAGAAAAUAUUUGGACAACAUUAAUCGCAGUAGAUGUUUGGUGCUUAGUUUUAAAAUAUUCAUCUGAACAUACAUGCCGCUCAGUUAUAGGAGUUUUGAUAAACAAAAUUUUAGAACUCAAAUUAGGCUCAUUUUAUUCUAGUCCGGCAAUUGUUCAUAUUAGAAUUCUUACUCAACGUAUUUUUAAAAUUUUGCCGGUGGGUAUUCAAAUCGAAGAACUGUCUAAGUGUGAUCCGAAUAAUAUCUCGAUUUGGAAAAUUAUAAGUACUAGAAAUAUUCCCCUGUCUCACAGAUAUUGCAUAGAAUUUAUUCUGAGCGAUUUAGAUGACAAGACGUGUCUAAUGGAUAAAGAGAAUUAUUCUAUUGCUGAUUUUAUGCUUUUGAUGGAAACACUUGAUAUUCUUUCUUACACAAAUUUUAAUUUUCUUGAAAUAAAUGCAGGUAGACUGGUCCCAAUGUUAAUGAAAUUGUGGUCUUUCGAAUUAUCUGAGGUUUCACUUGAAAAUAAAUCUUUCAAUUAUUUUAUCCCAAAAUUGUUAAAAAUAACUUCACUUGUGGGCGAAGAAUUAACUGUCGAACAUUUAAUAUCGAUAUUAAAUCAGUUGAAACCAGUGAUGAAUACCUUUCUUCUUCAAUUACUUAUUUGUGAUUUUUUACGCUGGAUUUCUGGUCGAAAUUUUAAUAAUUGUUUAAAGAGAAACUCAAUUUUUCCAUUAAUAACCUACGUAUUUCUUACUCUUCUGGGAAGUAAAAGUGCUAUCGUUGUUCAAAUGGCGUUGGAGAGUUUUACUGAAUUGUCUAAUAAGGGAAAUUACGGAACUGUGACACAACAGGUGUCCACAAGUUCAGGACUUGUGAAAAAACUGAUCAGUGAUUAUGUUCAAACAAGUUCUGCAAAAUACGAUUUGAAAUAUUUUCAACUUAUUCGUAAUAAUAAGUUUCGACGUCGUUGUUUAGAUUCAGAUGCAUCUGAGCCAAAUUGUAAAAAAAUUAAACUUGAAACUGACGUCACUAUUGACUGCUUGAAAAAUUAUACUGAAAAGUUAAUUAAAAUGCAGUUAAAUUCGAAGCAAAUGCUUGAAGUUAAAAGUGUUGUACAAAAGUUGCAAAAGUUAGUUUAAUAAGUAAUUUUGUAUUUGUGUAUGUAUAUGAGAAAAAUAUACUUUAUAGUUUAUACUUUUUA